UUUUAGCGGGUAUUGCACCUUUUCGAAGCUAAAAAGUUUAGAAAAAUGUUGAUAUGAUUUUUAUUUAAUUAGAAUAAUUACUUAUUUAAUCGUUUAACAGAAAGUGUUUUACUAUUAGUGUCUAAAAACUAUAACUUGUGAAAAUGUCGUUUUCAUUCGGUACACCGUCAAGUGCUCCCGCAACCACUGGUUUAUCUGGUGGUUUUAAUUUUGGAGCAAACAAACCAGCAACUCCCGGUUUCGGGUUAGGAGCUACAUCUCAGCCUUCAACUGGUUUGUUUGGCACGCCUGCGACAUCGGCGCCUGCGUUUGGCACUACUACACCCGCUUUCGGGUCGUCGUUUGGCGCGACAUCAACUGCCCCUACGUUUGGGGCAAGUGCUACACCAGCAUUUGGGGCCACAGCGACACCAGCUUUUGGCGCUACUUCAGCAGCACCUGCUUUUGGCGCCACUUCUGCGGCCCCUGCUUUCGGGGCAACAUCUACUGCCCCUGCAUUUGGUGCAGCAUCAACUGCCCCCACUUUUGGGGCUACUUCAACACCAGCGUUUGGCGCAACUUCAACACCUGCGUUUGGGGCAACAUCAACUGCUCCAGCAUUUGGAACAGCUGCUCCCACUUUCGGUGCUAGCUCUGCAGCACCUGCAUUUGGUACAACAACACCAGCAUUUGGUGCGGGAAAUACAUCAUUUGGAACUGGUUUAGGCACUGGAGGCCUGAACUUUGGAGCUACGACCACUUCUGCUUCUACAGGAUUAUCAUUUGGUACAACCACAACAACAAGUACAGGGUUGGGAGGGCUCGGUGGUUUUGGGUUUGGUGCGGCUACCACCGCUCAGUCUGGUUUGGGAUUAUUUGCGUCAACUACCACUACCAGCAGUAGUUUUGCCACACCGAGUUUGGGUUUGGGUGGAUCGGUGCCCACGAGUGGUGCAACUGGCGCUGCUGAUGGAAAAAGUGAACCUCCGAAACAGACUAAACUGCCAAAUGAAAUAGGUACUACAGUGGAAUCCUUCAAGGAGUUUGUUAAAAAGCAAAAAUCUCUAAGUUCCGAUAUCAUGAGGGUUUCUAUUAAGCCAUUACAGAAGGUGAGCCGCGAAGCAGAGUGCACGCUACGCGCAGCCCUAUCCCUGUGCGGUGAGACUGCCCGAUGCAGGGCGCAGUCCCGCCGCCUGCGAGCGUGUGCCGCCGGAGCCCUAGCCGCCGCGGAGACUGCUACUAGGGAGCCCCUCGGCUCUGAACUUGAGGGUAUAACGCCACCGACGUACGUGAAGGAACUUAUUUCGGAAUUGGAGCAGCAAAUUAUAACGUUUCGCCGGCAAAUGGACGUCGCUGAUAAGCAAAUGCAAUCCUCACCUAAACUGUUGACUGAACAAGAAUUAACACUCGGUAUACGUCGAAUGCACGAGUCGCUAGUCGCGUUGGCCGGUCGAUUGCAAGCGGUGCAUUCACAAGUAGAAGCCCAAAAAGAACAGUACUUGAAUUUGAGGAAAUACGUACUAAAGGACCCUACGAAUGUCUUCGAGACACAGUCUGCAAACGCGAGUCUAGAUCAAAUACUGCGAGACGCUGAGGGUACAAGAAAGAAGACGAAAUCUGGCAACUUUACCGAGGUCGGUCUGAGCAGUGCUGUGCUUUCUGACCCUCGCGCUGCUUUAGGAAAUAUACAACAUUUGGCUGGUCCAACUCCAUUCACUUACCUCGGCAGCACGCUGUCUACAUUCCCUGUUGCAGAGACACCCGGUUCGAACUGGCAACCGACACCGCAGACAAACCUCAACGCAUCAAUGAAUACAACCUUUGGGCAAACUGAUGCCUUUCAGCUACAGAAGCCUCCGGGGAAACGCGGGAAGCAAUGAUAUUGGCGACCCUAGCUGGGCCGCAUACACCGGCCCAAGUAACUGGCCCCAGCGGUUGGCGUUAAUAGAGUUGGCACACGAGUAAAUAAUGUGCAGAGACAAAGCUUCCUAAAAAAAUUGGUUGUCUGUAAAGUCGGUUUACUGACGAUAGUUGAACGGGACAACGAUUGUGCUUCUUGUCGCUCGUUCCGCGCUCUCGCUUGCACUUCAAGCCUUACAUGGAACGCCUCAGAGCGAGGUAACGCCGCAUGAGUCAUGUUUUUUCGGGCGUGCAGCCGGCUAUAUCGAAUUAUAAGUCGUU